AUGGCUGACUCAACGGAUCUCAACCUGGACGAUGCGCCCAGUGACCUUCAAGACAUUCCGGAGCUGGCAAUGCAAUUGGUGCCCCCUCCAGAAGGUACAUACCCUGACAAAAACACUCUUCUCACUGCGGUUCAAGACCAUGGAAAGGAACAUGGCUAUAAUGUGGUGGUCAAGUCUUCAAGUACGCCUACCGAGAAGAAACCUGGCCGUACUGCCAAGAUUUGGCUGCGCUGUGAUCGUGGCGGGCACUAUCGGCCGCGCAAUGGCUUGACCGAGGAGACACGAAAGCGCCGUAGAACAUCGCGUUUGAUGGACUGUCCUUUUAUGCUUGUCGCCGCUGGGUCUCCGGGUAUCUGGAGCCUGACGGUUUUGAAUGCCACGCACAAUCAUGGCCCCAUCAUCGAAAAGCCACGCCAAGUGCCUCACCACAAAGUGCGCAAGGGCCAGAUUCCAGCCCUUCCAUAUGAUUGGCCGCAUGAUGCAACAUUUACCAAGUACACCACUGCUCUAGUGAUCAUUGACAUGCAAAAAGACUUCUGUUUGCCCGAGGGAUACCUAGGAUACCAGGGCUAUGAUAUUUCUGGCACACGGGCCUUGAUUCCUCGUCUGCAGAAAUUGCUAAAAGCUUUCCGCGAUGCGGAAUUCCCAGUAUACCACACUCGCGAGGGCCACCGCCCCGAUCUGUCCACUCUUUCCAGUCGUGAGGCAUAUCGGUCUCGCAACAAUGCUUCGGGCCUGGGAAUUGGCUCCACUGGUCCCAUGGGCCGCCUACUCAUUCGCGGCGAACCAGGCCACGACACCAUUGAUGAAUUGUAUCCCACAGAAAAUGAGCCAGUAAUCGACAAACCCGGCCGCGGUGCAUUUGCACAUACUGACUUUGAGCUUCUUCUGCGCAACAAAGGAAUCAAGAAUCUCGUCCUAGCAGGUGUGACGACCGAUGUGUGCGUCUCGACCACCAUGCGCGAGGCCAAUGACCGUGGUUUCGACUGUGUUCUUUUAGACGACGGUAGUGCAGCCGCUGAACCAUCACUACAUAUUGGCACGGUUGAGUCAGUCAAGAUGGAAGGCGGUAUCUUUGGAUCUGUUGCCAAAUUGGAAGAUGUCAUCCAAGCACUCGACAAUUCCGUCAAAGCCGCCCACGCACUCAAAAACGCCAAUGUGAAGAAGCUGGCUCCUCAGAUUACAAUCUAG